UAAUAAUAUUGAUGAAUUAAUACAAUAUUCACAACUUAAUGCUUUAAUUUAUACAAAAUGUCUUGAAUGGAUACCUUUUGAAAAAUUUCAAGAUGUUACUUAUAUUACCAGAGGAGGUUUUGGUAAAAUUUAUUCGGCUAAAUGGCCUGAAGGGCAUAUUCAAUAUUGGGAUAUUGAAAAUCAAGAAUGGAUUAGAAAUACAGAUUAUAAAGUUGCAUUAAAAGUCUGGAUAAUUUUUCUGAGAUUAGUGUAGAAUUUUUAAAUGAGAUUAAAUCUCAUCUUCAGAUCUAUUUUGAGGGUAUUGUUCAAUGUUUUGGAAUAACUCAAGAUCCAAAUACCAAAGAUUAUGCAAUGGUUUUAUAUUAUUGUAAUGACGGAAAUUUAAGAAAUUACUAUUUAAAUAAGCCUGAAAAUGAUACUCUAAAACUUUAUACAUUAUCAAUAAUUGCAUUUGGACUGUUAAAUAUCCAUAAUGCUGAAAGAGUUCAUAAAGACUUUCAUUCAGGUAAUAUAUUAUAUAGUUUGAGUGCAUAUAUAAGUGAUUUAGGAAUGUGUCAACCAGCAAAUGCGAUGUCAGGUAAAGAAGGAGUUUAUGGGGUAUUACCUUAUAUGGCGCCAGAAGUUAUACGUGGAUAUCAAUAUACAAAAGCAUCAGAUAUUUAUUCAUUUGGAAUUAUAAUGAAUGAAUAUCUUUCUGAAGAAAUUCCCUUUAAUAAUAUACCCCAUGAUGAAUAUUUAGCUGUUGAAAUAUGUAAGGGUUUUAGACCAAAAAUUUCUGAAAGUAUUCCAGAACUUCUUGCAAGUUUAAUCAUGAAAUGUUGGGAUGCUAAUGCAGAGAAUAGACCGACUGCUAAAGAAUUAUAUCAAAUUAUAAAAAAAUGGGAUGAAGAAGAAGUUGAUAGUAAUAGUGAAAUUUAUUCUCAAAUGGAUGAAUAUAAAAAAAUUAGAGAAAACAAAUUGAUAAAAAGGUCAAGUGAAAAUAAGCCUGAAAUCAUUAAAACUCAUCCUCAAGCAAUCUAUACCAGCAGACUUUUAAAUUUCAAAAAUCUUCCAGAACCAGCAAAUUCUUCAGAUUUAUUAUCAUCUAAAAUUUAUUCAGAUGCGUCGGUAACCCCAGUUUCAGAAUGUUUGGAAUGUGAAAUUUAAAACAGGUAUAUGAUGAUUAUCCACAUUAUGAAGGCAAUUCUUCUAUGCGAAAUUAAAAAAAGGAAAAAAAAAAUGAUAAAAUGGUUAAUUGUCAAUGUCAAAAAAGCAAAACUUGGGUGUAGUAGUAGUGUCUUCAUAUUUAUAUUAAAAUUUGUAAGGUCAAAACUUUUAAUUUAUGGUUUAAAUAAUUUAUAGUAU